UAUGUAUGUGUUUGUGGGAAGCAGAUACGUGUACCAGUGUUACACAGUCCUCAGUACCGUCGUGACCAUGGCGAGAGGUUUACUUACCCUCUUGGUUCUACUGGUGACCAACGCCGCCACACAGGGCGCUGCACCAGUGAAGGUGGAUGUGUACUUCGAGACGCUGUGUCCUGACAGCAUUCGCUUCUUCAAAGACCAGUUGACGGCCGCCGUGAGUGCCAUAGAGGAGAUCAUGACCGUGGAACUCACCGCUUAUGGCUUUGCUACAGCGACACCAUCAGGCGAUGGCUACAAGUUUGAGUGUCAGCAUGGCGCGGAUGAAUGUUAUGGCAACAAGAUAGUCGCUUGCACCAAGAAGUACAUCACGUCGGAGAAGACCUUCCUCGACUUUACCCUCUGUCUUAUGGACGAAGGCAGCUACCCACCCAUCAACGGAAAGAUGUGUGCAGAGAAGAUGGGCUUCAAGUGGGACCCCAUCAAAGAGUGUGUUGACUCAGUGGAGGGCCAACAGCUGCUGUACCAGGAAGGUGUCAAACAAAACAGACUGUCACCAGCUGUUGACUAUAUCCCCUGGAUUAUUAUCAAUGAUGUGUUCUCGCGGGCCAACCUGGACGAGGCUCAAGUGGACUUGAUUGGUCUGGUGUGUAAUACCUACACAGGCACCCCACCGAAUGGGUGUAAGUAGUGCUUCUAAUAAUGCAAGAGUACUUGGUACUCAUACUCGGGCUCACCAGAAUACCAUAACAAUCCUUAAAUUAAUUUGUACUGUAGUAUGCCUGACGUACAGUACACCUGUUGGCUCAACACUCUUAGCAGUAUUAAUAAAAUUUGAUCAUUUA